CGUCUCCCAAGUAACGCGUCAAGAACCGGGUCUUUAUCGACGAUUGAUUGCUUUGAUUGUCUGAUAUGGAGGGCGAAUCUGCAAAGUAAGCAUAUUUUCACUAUUAUAUCAGCUGGCUUAAGUGAAAUCUGGUGUUGGUCUACUUGAUUUUGGAGACGUGGCGCAGAAAUGUCUACAAUACGAGAAAUCGAUGCAUCGUCGGUCCACAGAAUCACUUCAGGGCAAGUAGUCAUUGAUCUAUCAACAGCAGCGAAAGAGCUGCUAGAAAAUAGUUUGGAUGCGCACGCUACUUCUAUUGAGGUUCGAUUCAAACAAUACGGCCUCGAGUCUAUUGAAGUCAGCGACAACGGCGAUGGAAUUUCCGAAGAUGAUAUGGAAGGCAUUGUCCUAAAACAUCAUACCUCCAAGCUUCAGCAGUUUGCUGAUCUCGAGACCGUCGACACAUACGGAUUUCGCGGCGAAGCCCUCAACUCCCUAUGCGCUGUAUGCGCCAAGGUCCGCAUAACAACUUGCACGAAAGAAAGCAAGCCCCGAGCCACUCGAUUAGAAUACGACAGCAAUGGGAAGAUCGUCUCGAAAACCCGAGUCGCGGGUACCGUUGGCACUACCGUGACUCUUUCAAAGAUAUUCGAGGGGAAGUUACCCGUACGACGAACAGAUUUGGUAAAGAAUCAUAAACGAGAGUUUGCCAAAUGUGUUGCUCUUAUACAAGCGUAUGGGAUCGUUAUAUUGGGCGUGAAGAUUACAGUCACAAAUUCGCUACAGAAUGGAAGGCGAAACGUGUUAUUCUCAACAAAUGGAAACCCUACGAUCGACCGGAAUAUCAUCAAUAUCUUUGGAGCUCGGCAGUUUUCCGAGCUGCGACCGCUAUCUUUCUCAUUUGAAAUCACACGCAGAAGAUCGCUAUACUCGCAAGUCAAAGAAGAGCAGUCGGACCUGAUCAAAGUAGAAGGGUUUAUCUCUAACCCGGCUCCAGGGAGUGGGCGAAGUAGCCAAGACCGGCAGCUGGUGUAUAUCAACAGUCGUCCAUGCGUGUAUCCGGGGAUUGCAAGGUGCAUCAAUGAAUGCUACAAGCAGUUCAAUCCGACUCAGUACCCUCUGUUUGUGGCAAACCUACUGCUGGACCACAAAACUGUCGAUGUGAAUGUGACGCCUGACAAGCGUACGGUGCUUCUCCACGAUGAGGAUCAGAUAAUGGAUGGUUUACGGAGAACGUUGCUGGAAUUGCUUUCAGAAUCAAUGACUAUGAUCAGCUCAAAGACUCAAUCAACUUUAAUAGAUUCAAUCGCAAGCUCACCUCCUAGAUCCGGUUCAUCGAUGGCGUACGCAGUGAAAUCCGAACCCAGCGAUACGAGUUCGGGCUUCGUGCUGCACACCGACUCCCCUGAGCCAGACGCAUCUUUGAAGAGCGAGGAAUCUGAAUCUCGACAAGGAUCCGUUUCAUUGAUGGAAAGGUUUUCGUCGGAAGGAAGGAGUUCUGAACCUCAGACGCCCAUGCUUCGAAAUAGUGCAGUGUCGCGCAAACGAAAGCGCGGAUCAAGUUCUACUAAAUCUACAGAGGCGGGGAGAUCUGGAAUCAGUUUGAUCCAGAGAUUUUCGGCUACGAAGACUGAUCUUGGUGAUGGUGAUGGUGAUGAGGAAUUGGAGGAUAGUUUGAUGUCGAUUGGCUCUAUUGCAGACAAGGAGGAUGAGUCGGAUGUUGCACUCGAUAACGAAAUGACUGAUACACUGGUGACUACAGACACAACGCACGAGAAGACUUUCUUGGCUGAGAUAGCAGACAGAGAGGGGAAUACAGAAGCAGAGGAAGAAGAGGAGGAAGAAGAGGAGGAAGAGGAAGAAGAAGAGGAGGAGGAAGAGGAGGAAAAAGAUGAAGAGCAAGAAGAGAAGGUGGCGGUGGAGAUGAAAAAGAAGGAUGCUGGGGCGCGAUUAAAGGUUCAGACUAUCGUCGCGUCAGAUCUUCGUCAGACUGGAGAGGAUGAGUCUACAUCUGAACAGGUUUUACCUCCAGUUGCGUCGCAUGAUUACGAGACAGAAAGCAAUGAAGUCUCGACCGAAUCUAUCACAGACUACAAGACGAGCCGGGGGAGCGUGCAAUCUACACAUAACUUAUCUGUGGAAUUAGAAGUAUCGCUUGAUGCAAUCAUUGCUCAGAGCAAAUUGCUGAGGACAGCUGCGUCAGCGAAGAGCGAGAAAGGACAAACGCUACAAGUGGAAGUCGACGAGGGCGAGUACCAUCUGCAAGCUCUUAAUAUAUCAAAGACAGAUUUUGCGAGGAUGUCGAUUAUUGGGCAGUUUAAUUUGGGAUUUAUCAUUGCCAGGCGGGUCGAGGCCUCCGGAAAGGGUGGCGACGACAGUGAUGAUUUGUUUAUCAUCGACCAGCAUGCGAGCGAUGAGAAAUAUAAUUUUGAGCGACUGCAGAGAGAGACUACGAUAGGCCGGCAACCUUUGGCAGUACCUAAGCCUUUGUCACUCACUCCUCUCGAGGAGCUUCAAGUUAUCUCUAAUCUCUCGGUAUUUUCAGACAACGGGUUUGGACUGAAGAUAGACGAGGGAAGUGAGCCAGGACGGAAAUGCUCACUGACUGCGGUACCAGCGAUUAUGUCUAAAACGCUGGGUACUGAAGAUUUUAUGGAGCUUUUACAUGCAGUGAGCGAAUAUCCCGGAACAACGGUUCGCUGCUCUAAGAUUCGGCAAGCAUUUGCGAUGAAAGCUUGCAGGAGUAGUGUGAUGAUUGGUACAGGGUUGGAGAUUGACAAGAUGCGAAAGAUCGUUAGAGAUCUGGGUACGUUGGAUAAGCCAUGGAACUGUCCUCAUGGCCGACCUACUAUGCGUCAUUUGACUAGGAUUGGGAAAUGGAAAGGGUGGGAUUUGGAUUUGAGCUAACCCUAAGAAUACAGAUUGAUUGAGAGCAAAGAUAAUCCACAGUGUUAAGCAAGAAGAGAACGCCAAAAAUAUCCUAAUACAUAAUUUCUACCUAGACCAGCUUGAAUUACAUCAUACUCCAGAGGUGAUUUGCGAUGAAGAAGUUUGAGUAGGACUUGUCCAUGUUUAGGACAUGCAUGUCGUUGCUCUCUUGCGACCUGACGACUGCUUUGCUGUAGCCGCCGAUGUCGUCACUUUCAAGGCUAACGCCUAGUGAUCUGUAGACCUUGAGGAGUAAUCUGCAUUGUUAUAGAACAUUA